AUGCCGAUCCAUAAGAUAUAUGGGGGCGAUAGCUCCAACUACAACCGAUCCAGGUGCUACAACCCUAAGGUGCAUGUCUCUGGCUGGCAUAACAUUCAACAUGAUGAGGCCUACAUACAAAACUACAAUAGGAUGAGGGACUUCUACAUGGAAGCGUACCCAACGGAAAGCAUACAUCAGAAGUACCAGAGUGCCAGGGCUGGGGGGGCACGAAAGAACUUGUCCGAUAAGCGGGUGAUUUUUUACGAAGAGGGUGGGGAGGGUCAUUGGGUCACCGAAAGCAGGCGCGCCUUUAAGGAGGGGGAGCGACAGAGUGGUGAUGUCUGCCAAGCAGUGACAACGGGGUGA